AGUUGGAGAACUGGCAGUCUGUAGUAAGUCUGUUGCCACGAUGGGUGCAGUACCGUGCUGUCUCUUUUUGAUAGUCAUCUUCUUCGGGACUAGGAUUCAAGAAAAUGGUGCCCUCCAGUGCUACUGUGAGCGCUGCUCAAACUCGUCCUGCACCACCGCGGAAGACGGCGUGUGCUUCGUGUCGUUCACCACCAAGCCCGGGGGCCGGCCCAUCAUGCACCAGAGCAUGUGUGUCCAUGGCAACGAGCUGAUCCCGCGGGACCGGCCCUUCAUCUGCGCCUCCUCCUCCAGGGACUACGAGGGGGUCUUCUGCUGCGACAAGGACUGGUGCAACAAGAACCCCGACCUCAGCGCCUUCCCAGUGCCGACGGCGAAGACUCCGUCCCUGGGCCCGGUGGCGCUAGCGGCCGUCAUCGCGGGGCCCGUGUGCGUGCUGUGCUUCGUGCUGGUGCUGGUGUUCUACGUGUGCCACAGCCGGCUGGGGCUCCACCAACGCGUCCCCAGCGAGGAAGACCCCUCCAUAGACCACCCCUUCAUCACCGUGGGCACCACCCUCAAAGACCUCAUCUACGACAUGACCACCUCCGGCUCCGGCUCAGGGCUCCCCCUGCUGGUGCAGAGGACCAUCGCCAGGACCAUCAUCCUGCAGGAGAGCAUCGGGAAGGGCCGCUUCGGCGAGGUGUGGCGGGGCAAGUGGCGGGGCGAGGAGGUGGCCGUGAAGAUCUUCUCGUCGCGGGAGGAGCGCUCAUGGUUCCGCGAGGCGGAGAUCUACCAGACCGUCAUGCUGCGCCACGAGAACAUCCUGGGCUUCAUCGCCGCCGACAACAAAGAUAACGGCACGUGGACCCAGCUGUGGCUGGUGUCGGACUACCACGAGCACGGCUCUCUGUUUGACUACCUGAACCGCUACACGGUGACGGUGGAAGGCAUGAUCAAGCUGUCUCUGUCCACCGCCAGCGGCCUGGCGCACCUGCACAUGGAGAUCGUCGGCACGCAAGGUAAGCCAGCGAUCGCCCACAGAGACCUGAAGUCCAAGAACAUUCUGGUCAAGAAGAACGGGACCUGCUGCAUCGCUGACCUGGGAUUGGCUGUCCGUCACGACUCCGCCACCGACACCAUUGACAUCGCACCCAAUCACCGAGUGGGAACCAAAAGGUACAUGGCCCCAGAAGUCCUGGAUGACUCAAUAAACAUGAAGCAUUUCGAGUCCUUCAAGAGGGCCGACAUCUACGCCAUGGGCCUGGUGUUCUGGGAGAUCGCCAGCAGGUGCUCAAUCGGAGGCAUCUAUGAAGACUACCAGCUGCCCUACCAUGACCUGGUACAGUCCGAUCCUUCAGUGGAGGAGAUGAGAAAGGUGGUGUGUGAGCAGAAACUCCGGCCCAACAUUCCCAACCGGUGGCAGAGCUGCGAGGCGCUGCGUGUCAUGGCCAAGAUCAUGAGGGAGUGCUGGUACGCCAACGGCGCGGCGCGCCUCACGGCGCUACGCAUCAAGAAGACGCUGUCGCAGCUCAGCCAACAGGAGGGCAUCAAGAUGUAGGCCCCGCCCACGCCGCCGCCCUCACCCCGUCCUCCUGUCCACAACACCCCCACCACCGCCAUUGACAUCAUCUACCCUGUCGCCGUUGGCGAUCGUUCCUCCUCCGCGACGGGAAGCGGCCGGAGGGGACUGUUCCCGACCUCCGACCUCCCCCCCUUCUCCCUCCUCCUCCUCUGUCCGUCAGCGCGCCCAUCCAUCCAUCCUCACUCGUUUGGGGGGUCUAUGUUUGUGUGGAGGGAUACGGGUAGUGCUGUGUCAAGGUGGCGGAUGGAUCUGUGGAGGGUUAUCAAUCGGGUGGAGGGGGUGUGUGGGUGUUGGGGUUGGGGGGGGGGGGGGUCGGAGGGGUCUGUAGAUAUUUGCCCAAUCCCCAUCCCUAUGCCAGUAAAGCCCUUUCCCAACCUUACGCGACCCCCCCCACCCCUCUCAACUCUCUCCCCCAAACGAUUGUACAAUUGGUGGGUUCCUGUUUCCUGUUCUACCUAAAGACCUGUCAGAUGGUCACAGACUAGUGGUCCUGCCCUGGUUCACACACACACCACACACACACACCACCCCAACUGACACACGCACUUAGGUUGCUUUUUCAGUUGUCGUCAUCAACAUCCUCAUGGCCUGCAUUCUAAACCGGGGCUAGGGUUCCAUUCCUGGAGGUGGUUGGGAUUCCAGCCUGCCCUGGAAGAGACGGGAGCAAAUGUGGUCAGGUGGUCCACGCUGGCUCCUCCCACCACUCCAGACUCCUCCUCUGUCGAGCCGUUUGGGUUUGACCUCAGUGGUACUCAGCAGGUCAACUCUCCACUAUCUGGAACGUUUUGCACCUUUAUGUUGUUGAUUUCUUCGACCCAGUGGACGGCAGGACUUGGACAGGUCAGCUUAACUUAUUGGUUUAGAGUCGCCUCGUGUUUUCUGUGUUUUUGUUCCUCAAACGAAACUGGACACGACCUCAUUCAGUCAUUGCGAACUUGCUAUGACAUAUGCAAUAUAGAUCAUGUAUCUAUUUUACAAAUGGGUUCUCUGCUUCUACAUCAACAACAACAACGACGUCGACCGUGACGACAGCAGCAAACAACCGCCGCCAUGCCUUCCCAGCCAGCCGUUACCGGAAAGUGCCACUGCUUCAACCCUGCGUCCCUCUCAUGUCGGCCGCUGUGGGCGAGAGAGAGAGUGUGUGUGUGUGUCUGCGCUCAAAGUGCAGGCCUCAGAGUUUUUUCGAGAAAGUCACCGAGGAGCAGCUUUCCACACCACGCAGGGACUCCCCGCGCCACUGAGCACGCUCAGAGGCCGAAACACUCAGCCGACAAACUGGUGCCAUGACGACUCGCCACACGCCACCUCAUCAAUACAGCAGGGAGAGGCGCCUCUCUCACUCCCAGUCUGCUCUCUCUCUCGGGGGUUCCAGAGAGAGAGCGAGACAGGCUGGAAACUGGACACCAGAUGUGUAGACUUGAUGACAAGGUCACCCCUGCAAAGGUGACUUCGGUCAAAAAGGGGGGGGGGACACGAACACGCAAGCAUUAAUGGAGUCUCCCUCAGUUUGUGCAUCGUUGGAUUAUCCUUUGUUCCAUUUCCUUAAACUGUGCUACUGUAGCAUAUGUUGUUUUGUUUUUUUAUCUCAGAAGAAAGGAGAAAAAAAAGUGAAACGGUACAUUCAUAUGUGUAAAUAUAGCAAAUGAAUAUUUACCAAGCCAUAGGUUUUCCAACAUUUUUUGUGGCAACUUUUUCUACAACUAAAAGAAAAUACUGAAACUGUAAUAUAAAAACCAAGCUUGUCAUUUCAGCUUUUCAGGCCUUAAGGGACCAAUUAAAGGCGUGGGGGGUUUUGCUUUUGUAAAAAGUCAGAUUAUAAAUGAUCACUUAAGUAAACUAAAGUUGUUCUAUAUAAAGAGGAAACAUUUUUUAUCACAUUUAA